ACACAGUCCGUCAGCAUUGUGAAUUGUGAUCUCAUCUCCCCCACCGAGUCACCGCCUUGUUCCUUUCUUCCCUGCGAAACAACAACAAUGCAGAAAAAUGUUACGGAGUAGGAGCAAAGUUGAUACAAAUACAAAUCAUUCGAAAGUUUUUAGAGUAUCCCCCCUAUAAAUCACCAGAAAGGCAAAAGAACCUGGGAAAUUAGCAAUAAAUCACCAGAAAGGCAAAAGAACCUGGGAAAUUAGCAAUUCUCUUCCAACAAUGGCAAUUAAAGCAGAAAGCUUAACAUUAAUGCUGGUAAAUUUAGCAGGAAUAAUGGAGAAAGCAGACGAAUCAAUUUUACCUGGGGUUUACAAAGAAGUUGGUGAAGCUCUUCAUGCUGACCCCACAAAACUAGGCUCACUCACUCUCCUUCGAUCCAUUGUUCAAUCUGCGUGUUACCCACUUGCUGUUUAUCUUUCUGCACGCCAUAACCGUGCUCAUGUUAUUGCUCUUGGUGCUUUUUUGUGGGCUGCUGCAACUUUUCUUGUUGCCAUUUCCUCCACUUUCUUUCAGGUAGCAGUUUCAAGAGCUCUAAAUGGGAUAGGACUUGCGAUUGUUGCUCCUGCUAUUCAGUCUCUUGUAGCUGAUUCAACAGAUGACAGUAAUCGAGGAAAAGCAUUUGGGUGGCUGCAACUGACAGCCAAUCUUGGCUCAGUUGUUGGUGGCCUGUGUUCAGUUUUAAUUGCACCAAAAACAGUAAUGGGAAUUCCAGGUUGGAGAAUAUCUUUCCAUUUGGUUGGAAUAAUCAGUGUAAUUGUGGGAAUUUUAGUCCGUUUGUAUGCCAAAGAUCCACGUUUCCCCGAUAAUACUACUUCAGUGAGUACCAAUGAGUCAUUCUUAUCACAAGUGAAAGAAUUAGUACAAGAAGCAAAAUCAGUGGUUAAAAUUCCAUCUUUCCAGAUUAUUGUGUCACAGGGUGUCAUGGGUUCUUUCCCUUGGUCAGCUUUGUCAUUUUCAGCCAUGUGGUUGGAGCUCACGGGUUUUUCUCACACGGAGACAGCAUUCCUUAUCGGGUUAUUUACUGUUGGUAGUUCAAUAGGGGGGUUGUUUGGUGGUUGGUUGGGUGAUAAAUUGUCAAGGAAUUUACCAAAUGCUGGUAGGAUAAUACUAGCACAGAUAAGCUCCGGGUCAGCAAUCCCACUAACGGGCCUGCUUCUGUUGGGUUUACCUGAUGACCCUUCUACCGUUAUUGCGCAUGGUUUAGUCAUGUUUUUCACAGGGUUUUUUAUAUCCUGGAAUGCUCCUGCUACAAACAAUCCAAUUUUUGCAGAAAUCGUUCCUGAAGAAUCAAGAACAAGUAUCUAUGCAUUGGAUCGAUCAUUCGAGUCAAUACUUUCAUCCUUUGCACCUCCCGUUGUUGGCAUAUUGGCCCAGCAAGUUUACGGUUACAAGCCAGUUUCUAAAGGAUUGACUAUCACAGAAGAAAUAGCAACAGAUCGAGCAAAUGCUGCAUCAUUAGCCAAAGCACUAUAUGUUGCAAUUGUUAUUCCAAUAACCUUGUGCUGCGUUAUUUACUCGUUCUUAUAUUGCACGUACCCAAGAGAUAAGGAGCGGGCUCAAAUGCGGGCUUUAGUAGAGGCUGAGAUGCAGCAACUGGAGGCUGAUAACUUGAUUGAAGGACAAUACACUUUGGGUGAGAUGUCUAAAUAUGAUGAGUUGCAUUUUGAGGAUGGAAUAAUUGACAAAGUGGUAGAUGGUGAUGAGAGAAUGUUGCUUCACCAUUGAUAGAUUAUGCUGAAUCUAGGAAUUUUGCAGUCUAACUCUCAAUGUAUAGAACAGGGUUUUGUAUAUUUGUGUUAUCUUCAAUGUACAGAAUAGGGUUGUAGUUACAUUAAACUUUUGGGAUCGGGUUAAAAUUAGGUUGUAAUGUGAGAUGUACACAUUUCGGAUUUGGGUUUAUAGAUCGGUUGAUUGGGAUACUGA